CUUUUUUUUUUUUUUCUCUUCUUGAGUAUAUCUAGAGCUGAAGAAAAAGUAAGUACAGAAGACAAGACAAGGGGCAACUGAUUAAAUGAAUAAGCAUGAGAAAAACAGAGAAGAAGAAGGCAGAGUUUGAAAUUUGGAGAGGGAGUGAGGAAGGGAAACAAAGAUGGAACUUGGAAAAGAAAAGGGGGUGGAGAAAGAAGCAGAGGAAGAAGAAUUCAUGGUGAAAAAGUUGAAACGCGGGAUACUGGUAGGGAAAAGAGCUGGUCCCUCUACUCCUUCACCAAUUUGGAGGCUUGAGUUUUCCUCUCAUAACUACCAAAACUGCAGAAACCCCAUCCAAGAAUUCCUCAACUUUCCCCCUACAACAGUUUCUGCAAGGAAACUCUGUGCCAAUCUUUGGGAGGUUCACCCUCUUUACCCACCUAGAUAUACGCAAAAGGGAGCUGCAAGGCUGCACCACCGCCUUAAAGACAAGGAUUUUGAUGUCGAUGAUGACCCUUCUAACAUCCCCCUUCAUCGGCCAGGAAGUGCAAGUAGCUUGAGGAGGCACAUUGCAGCGUCACUGAUGCAACACCGUCAAUCCUUUGAAAGAAAUGGCCGGCCUUUGUCUCCUGCAAGUUUUGGUAGCUCAAUGGAGCAGUUGGCACCUUAUAACCCUGCUGUCACGCCAUCUAGUUCUUUGGAUUUUAGAGGAAAAAUGGGUGAGUCAAGUUAUAGCUUCAAGACAUCUACACAGUUACUGAAGGUACUCAACCGAAUCUGGGCUCUUGAAGAACAGCAUGCAUCUAAUAUGUCAUCGUUAAAAGCUUUGAAGAUGGAGCUGGAUUGUUCCCGGGCAAGAAUUAAAGAGUUGCUGCAAGAGAAGCAGACGGACAAGCAAGAAAUGAAUGACUUGAUGAAGCAAGUCACAGAGGACAAACUGGUUAGGAAGAACAAGGAUCAAGACCGAAUCAAAGCUGCCAUUCAGUCAGUGAGAGAUGAGUUAAAAGAUGAGAGGAAGUUAAGGAAGCGCUCAGAAAGCCUACAUCGAAAGCUGACUCGAGAACUGUGUCAGGUAAAAUCUUCCUUUUCUAAUGCUUUGAAAGAGCUUGAAAGAGAGGAGAAAGCACGGGUUCUACUUGAGAAUUUGUGUGAUGAAUUUGCGAAGGGAAUAAAGGAUUAUGAACAAGAGAUUCGUUUCCUAAAUCACAAGCAUGAGAUGGAUCACAUAAAGGGAGACACAUCUGAGCGUUUAAUUCUUCAUAUUUCUGAGGCAUGGCUUGAUGAGCGGAUGCAAAUGAAGCUUGCAGAAGGUCAAGAUGAUUAUGCAGAGAGGAACACAAUAGUGGACAAGUUAAGUCUUGAUAUAGAAACAUUUCUUCAAGUUAAACGCUCCAAUGGAUCUAGGAGGGAUGUUAAGCUGCCCACUAAUGAACAUGGAGAAAACUGCUCACUCCGGUAUUCUUUGGAGUCCUUUCCACUGAAUGAAGCUGUAAGUGCACCUCAAGGUGCUGCUGACGAAGAAGAUUGUAGCUAUGGUGAUUCACAAUUUUAUGAACUAAACAAGAGUGCAAGCAGAAUAAAAAGAAAGGGCAGCUCUAAACAUUAUGGAGUUAGUGCUUUAGAAAGUCAUCAUGAAGAAGUGGUGAAUCCAAACUCCACAAAGAACAAGGUAGUGCCAAUGGGCACCAGUACCAGGGGUGGUAAAUUGCCUAUUGGACAAUAUCAAAUGAGAGAAGAUAAGCAUGCUGGGAGAAGAAAGUCUGACAUUCACAAGGCUACCCAAGAUGGUCUAUAUGACAGAAGAACUAAACAGAGUGGAAGCCUUGAAUCGAACUCAAGCAAUCUUCAUGGCAACUUAAUCAGAAAUAGUGCCUUGUCAUCAGGAGGUGUUCAGUCAUCAUUUGCAGGUCAUACUAAUCCAAUGCAACAAUGGGCAUCUAAUUUGACAACUUCAGAUUUUAGAGAACCUGAAUCUUCUCUGAAAUUGCCUCAGGGCAUUAAGGAGAAUACAUUGAGGGCAAAACUGCUGGAGGCAAGGUUGGAAGACCAGCAAUCUCGCUCAAAAGCUUCCAAAACCUCCGUUUAGGUUAAGGAGACUGUUAAACAUGCCAUGCUGAGACAUGAGAACUUUUGGUCUUACAAUUAUCCCAUUAAAACAGGAUGCUCUUGUACAUUAAUUUUGCUCAUAAUGGUGGAAUUAGAUAUUUGUAAAAUAAAGAUGCUUUUUUCUUUCACAUGGUUGCAUAUAUGGAUCAAUUAGAAAUCAGUGAUACAGGAUGAUCCCAUAACAUGCCAGGCUCCUCCGUUGUUUUCAUUUGCCUUGAACAUUUAAUCUUGUUAGCGGUUACCACAUCGAUCUAAAGAAGAAGAAGAUUACCUCCGAGCAAGAAAAGUAGAUGAUUACU